AUGUCGACAAUUGAAGCCAGCGCCGUUUAUCUUCCUUUGGCCCUCAUCGAUAAAUGUCUCGGAAGUAAGAUUUGGAUAAUAAUGAAGAAUGAUAAGGAGAUAACGGGGACCUUAAGGGGUUUUGACGAUUAUAUGAACAUGGUUCUAGAGGAUGUUGUCGACUAUUCCUUCUCAGCUGACGGAGUCAAAACUACAGAAUUAAACGAUGCUUUAGUUAACGGAAACAAUGUAGCAAUGCUGGUCCCAGGCGGAAAACCUGCAAACCUCAAAUGA